AUGAGCCAAGAGACACAUUUAGCUGUAAAAAAUCUGAAAUACCUGCCUCAAAACUGCCAAUCCAGCAGCAGAACACUGGUGGCUUCCCUCCUCAGCCCUCCCCAACAGGUCCAACACACAACCAAAACUCAACUCCAGCAAAUGAUGCAAGGGGCCCAAUUAAGGGUGCCCACUCAGCCCAGACCUGCCACAUGCCCAGGAUUAUCAAUGAGAAGUGGGCCACUUCCUCAUCCAUCAGCAGUCCGACAGAGCCCAGUGCCCAGCAGAGUGGCCUCCAGUCCUGUCUCCUCAGAGCCAGUGUACAGAGGUCAGCCCAUGGUACCAGGUGCUGGUCAGUACAAUGUCCAGGAUCUCCGUAAAGAGAUGCCUGAUAAUGGUGGACGCCAUUCUGUAUCUCCCUAUCACAUGCCACCAGGCAGGAUGGAGAGAGAACCCCCAGACAGCAGAGACAGGGGAGGGGACCUCCCCCAGGAUCUCUCUAAAGCUCCCUCUGGCUACAGGGGAAACCCCCGUGAUUUUGGUAGCCAGCCCCAGUAUGAGUAUAGGAGACCUGCUGAGGACCCCUUGCCCAGAUCCUCAGGACCAACACCUGUCCACUCUCAGAAACUCACUGGAUAUUUUCAUAGUGAGGCAAUGCCAUUGACUAAUAGACCUCCAUCUCCACAGCCAUAUCUUCAUGAGAGACAAGCUGUGUCUCCAGCCAUCAACCGACACAUCCCACCAAGCACUUCUCCUUUUACAGGGAUGCCCCAAAAUAUGGAACCACAUGCUCGUGGACAGCCCCGCAAGGUCAUUCCCUCACCCCCUCCACUGAUAAAUAACAAAGGACCAUCACCAAAAUUGAAUACAAAAUCUCCCCCAUCAACUGGUCGUCCUUCUAUGUUGGUUCCUGAUUCUGUCAUGCAUUCAGGCUCUAGAUCAAUAACACAAGGUACACCUGUAAGAAUAGUUGCUCUGAGCAUUAAUCAGUUUGCUAAUAUGGCACAGCGACAAGAGGCGAUCCACAGGCAGCAGAAUCUACAAGGCCAGCCAAGGAUGCCCAGUGGAUCAAUAACCAGUGGGACUCCUGUAAAUAGAGAGAUUGGGAUUCGAGGUGCCCCUGGAAGCAUGGAGGGACCUAGGAUGCUGAUGGAGUGGGAGCAGCAGCAAAGAAUAAUGAUGGAACAGCAGAUGAAAAGGCCUCCACAGCAAUAUCCAAAGCCAGGGAUGCCUUUUCAUUAUAAGCCCGAGAACAGCACUAGACAAACUAUAAGAUGUGAUUUUGAAACUCGGCAGAUGGGUGGACCUCCUAGAAAACAGGAGAGUCAGCCCUCACCGAAAGGCAAAGAGUCAAAGCCAGGCCAACGAUCUUUAAUGCCAGGAUACACACAGACAAGUCAAGGAUUAAUCUAUCUUCAACCUGGUCAGAUGCCUAUGUCACCAUAUCCAUCCCAUAAUGCACCACCACAUGAGGAGAAACCUAGUGGUUGGCCCAAACAAGAAAUGCCUGGUCCAAGCCAAGUUCCACAUAAACAACCAAGUAUAACCCAUGGCACAGUCCGGCUUAGUGUUAUCAGUGCCAAUGAGAGACCAGACUACCCAGGGGAGGGCAUGAGGGGAACACAAAGUGCACAUUCACCGAGAUAUGAUCAAAUGUUACGUCAGCAGCAACAACAACCAAGGUCCAGCAUACCGGCUACCACUUUAGCAGCUCAGCACCAGGAGUACAACAGAAGACAAAUGCAGGAGAGACAGGAGCAACAAGAGAGGGAGAAUGCUAACAAAAACAAGGCAUUUAAUCUGGAGGAGCAGAUUAGGCGGGAAAUAAUGGGAUCCCCAAAACAAGAAGACAGAGGUUUUAAAAGUGACACAGAGUCCAACAAAAGUUUCUCAAACAGAUCCUCUCCAGGAUUCAGGAAUGCUACCAGUAAGAUCCAUACUCCAGCGGAGUUCUUUAAAGCUUUUGCACAGGAUACAAGUGGAACAAAUCGCUCUGGAAGUGAGAGACAAGCUUCUUUAUCUGACGCAAACUUAAUUGAUGCUAUUAUCAUCCACCAGAUUAACAAUUCAACUGAGGAAACCGCCAUCACCAAACCUGAGGCAUCCUCUGUGGUAUCAUCCAUGCCCCGCCCGCAUGGCAAGAAACGCUGGGUGCACAAGUCCCAGCAGAGACCAGUAAAGUCCUCUCCAAUGUCAAGCACUCCACAAAGUGGAUCAGUACAAGUGUCUGACAGUGAGAACAGUCCAACCACAUCCAGUAUGGAGGCUAGGACCCCGAAAUCCGAGGAUCCGGGCGGGGAGCAGAAAAGUAGCAUGACCCUGGAGGAGCACAUGACCUCUAUCAUAACAAUGAUGGAUUACGGCAAUACCAAGCCUUCUGCCAAAGCCAAUGUUCUGAGUCAGAUUAACGGGAGUCCAGGGGAUUCUCAUCCAAGCAGUGUUGAUAUAAAUAAAGUGGAAGAGUUGAAGAAGUUUCUGAGGAAGGAGAAGACAACUAUUAUCCACGCCAGAGGAAUACUUGUUGGAUGUGCUGAGGCUGGAAAAACAACGCUACUGAAAAGAUUAAGAGGGCAACGUCAAAUUGUAAAUGAAAUUACAGAGUCCACAAGGGGACUGGAAGUCCAUCAACAUCUCUUCUUUGUUAGAGAUGGAACUCUGGAAGUGGCUGAUGAUAACUCUCCAUUAAAAACAUUUAUCAGGAUAAACGCUGCAGAUUUAAAACCAGACCCAAGCAGUGCAGUUGACAGCUCCAAUACACCUGGACAAGGGGACUACCUGGAUGUGAAAAAUUCUGAUAAAGACACUGAAGUUAUUCAUAGCACAGAAGAAAAGAAGGAAGAGAAAGUAGAGUUGUCUAGCCCACCAACUAAGCGCAGGAAAGAAGAUAUUUCAGUAGAGGUAAUGGCCAGUGUUCUCUCUUCAGAAGCUCCAGCUAUGGUGAAAGAGGAAUUUUUUCAAAAAAUCUUGUCUGAUAAAGAAAAAUUACCGACUGUUAGCAUGCUGGAUUUUGCUGGCCAGUUAGCGUAUUAUGCCUGUCACCAAAUUUACGUAACACCAAAGUCCUUCUUCAUCCUUGUGCUGGACAUGACAAAGAAGUUUGAAGAUGUUGUUGAAAAAGAGAAAGACAAUCAAGAAGGAUCCAUCUUCUCUGCGUGGACUUACAAAG